AUGCCCAGGGGACAUAAGAGUAAGGCCCGUGCUCGAGAGAAACGCCGCCAGCUCCAAGAUGAGGCCCAGGGGCUCAAGGAUGCUCAAGCAAAGGCAGACGAGAAAGAAGAGUCACCCUCCUCCUCUGCUCAUGAUUCUGGAGAUGCUGUUGCAAGCACCUCUACUGCUAGCUUCCCUCAGAAGUCUGAAUUUCCUGGUGAGGCACCUUCCAUCACUGCUGGUAAACGUGUGGCCCGCAGAAGAUCUGGUAAAGGUGCCAAAGGCCGAAGGGAGCAAAGUGCUAGUUGCAGCUCUAAGGCCCCACAGUCCGCUGAGAGCCUCCAGAAUGAGCUUGUAACAAGGAAGGCAGGAAUGCUGAUGCAGUAUCUGCUCUGCAAGUACAAAAUGAAACAGCCAAUGAAUAAGGGAGAGAUGCUGAAAGUCAUCAACAAAAGAUUCCGGGAGCAAUUCCCUGAGAUCCUCAAUAAAGCCUCUGAGCGCAUACAGCUCAUAUUUGGUCUUGAAGUGAAGCAGCUCAAGCCCAAUGGUAGCUACUACACCCUUGUCAGCAAGUUAGAUCCCAGCAUUGGUGGGACUCUGGCCACUGGCUUGCCUUUUCCCCAAAAUGGGCUUCUGAUGCCUCUGCUGGGUGUGAUCUUCUUAAAUGGCAACCAUGCCUCUGAGGUAGAGAUCUGGGAAUUCCUGAAUAUAUUGGGAAUCUAUGAUGGGAAGGUGCAUACAAUCUUUGGGGAGCCCCGAAACCUCAUCACCAAAGUUUUGGUUAAGGAAAAGUACCUGGAGUACCGGCGGGUGGCAAACAGUGAGCCUCCAGGCUAUGAGUUCCUCUGGGGUCCCCGAGCCUAUGCUGAAACCACCAAAAUGAAAAUCCUGGAGUUUUUAGCCAAGGUCAAUGGGACUGUUCCUCAGUCCUUCCCAUCUCAUUAUGAAGAGGCUUUGAGAGAUGAGGAAGAGAGAGCCAAGGCUAAAGCUGUAGGCAAGUGUGGCCCUACUGCCACAGACAAGGCAGAGUCUAAAGUCACACCUGGUGACUCCUCUUGCUCCUCAAGAAAUUAG